GGAUCGGUCUGGGAACGCGCCCGGCACCGAGUAGCGGCCAGUCGGACACCUGAGCUGCCGCUGCUGGACACAAGCCCGCAGGACAGGUAGUCAAUAUGCAUUUCCAGGGUGUUGGACUGUGCCUGGGUCUCCUGUUCAUCACGGCCAAGGCGGAUUUUGUGGAUGAUGGUGUUGAGGUGGAAGACUUCAGUGAGAGUUCAGAUGAGAGUGAUUUUAAAGACGAACCUUCCUCGGGGACUAUUAAAUAUAAGACACCUCAACCUAUAGGAGAAGUAUAUUUUACAGAAACAUUUGAUAGUGGAAAUCUGUCUGGGUGGGUCUUAUCAAAAGCAAAGAAGGAUGAUAUGGAUUCAGAAAUUUCUAUAUAUGAUGGAAGAUGGGAAAUAGAGGAGCUGAAGGAAAACCAGGUGCCUGGUGACAGAGGGCUGGUUCUGAAGUCUAAGGCCAAGCACCAUGCGAUAUCUGCUGUCCUCGAGAAACCCUUUAUUUUUGCCGAUAAACCUUUGAUAGUUCAAUAUGAAGUAAAUUUUCAAGAUGGCAUUGACUGUGGAGGCGCCUAUGUUAAGCUGCUAGCAGACACUGGUGACUUGAUUCUGGAAAACUUUUAUGAUAAAACAUCGUAUACCAUCAUGUUUGGACCAGAUAAAUGUGGAGAAGACUAUAAGCUUCAUUUAAUCUUCAGACACAAACAUCCCAAAACCGGAGUUUUUGAAGAAAAGCACGCCAAACCUCCAGAUGUGGAUUUGAAAGAGUUCUUUACGGACCGGAAGACUCAUCUGUAUACCCUCGUGAUGAAUCCGGAUGACACGUUUGAAAUAUUAAUCGAUCAGAAAGUUGUGAACCAAGGGACCUUGCUAGAGGACGUGGCCCCACCUAUCAAUCCACCCAGAGAAAUUGAUGACCCGAAUGACAGAAAGCCAGAGGAGUGGGAUGACAGAGCCAAGAUCCCCGACCCCACCGCCGUCAAGCCAGAGGACUGGGAUGAAAAGGAACCCAUACAAAUCGAAGACCCGAGUGCUGUUAAGCCUGACGGCUGGCUCGAUGAUGAACCAAAAUUUAUCCCCAAUCCUAAAGCUGAGAAACCCGAAGACUGGAGUGACAGCAUGGAUGGAGAAUGGGAGGCGCCACACAUUCCUAACCCAGCCUGUCAGAUCGGAUGUGGAGAAUGGAAACCUCCCAUGAUCGAUAACCCAAAAUACAAAGGGAUCUGGAGACCACCGAUGAUCAAUAACCCUAACUACCAGGGAAUCUGGAGUCCUCAGAAAAUUCCUAACCCGGAUUAUUUUGAAGAUGACCACCCAUUCCUUCUGACUUCUUUCAGUGCUCUGGGCUUAGAGCUUUGGUCCAUGACUCCUGACAUCUACUUUGAUAAUUUUAUCAUCUGUUCAGAAAAGGAGGUGGCGGAUCAGUGGGCUGCAGAUGGCUGGGAGCUGAAGAUAAUGGUGGCGAAUGCCAAUGAGCCCGGCGUCCUCCGACAGCUAACAACAGCAGCAGAGGAACGCCCCUGGCUCUGGCUCAUGUACCUGGUGAUGGCUGGGUUGCCCAUCGCUUUAGUAACUUCAUUUUGUUGGCCAAGAAAAGUAAAGAAAAAAUAUGAAGACAUAGGGCCUAAAAAAGCUGACUUAUGUCAACUGCCAAGCAAGGCCGCUCUGGAACAAGAACCUGAGGAGGAGAAGGCCCCGGAGAAGCCCGAAGAUUUGCAAGAGGAAAAGAAGCCAAGUGAAACUGAAGUUGUCAUCGUGGAAAAGGAAGAAGUAAUUGGAGAACCGGAAGAGAAGAGUGAGGAAGACGCAGAAACUAUAGAAGGGCAAGAGGAAGUGACCAAGUUGAGUAAAUCUGGAUCAGAGGAUGAGAUGAAGGAUGCUGAUGAGAGCACAGGAUCUGGAGACGCCCCAGUGAAGUCAUUGCGCAAGAGGAGGGUACGAAAGGACUGACACACGCACGUCAAGUGUUGCAAAUCCCAGAGCGAGAUCUGGCAUCGAGAGUUAGGAUGCCCAAAAGGACAGUGACCGCGCAUCUGCACAAACUCUAAGUAUCUAGCAAUGUUACUUUCAUUCUUUCGGGGUGGGGGGAAGGGGAUGCAGGGGAAGUAACUUUGAAGUUAACAGGUCUUUGGAUUUAGAAUAAAAAGAAAAGUGGCACCUCACAUGAGAGCCAAAAGAGUCCUCUCCUUAGUUACAGUUUUACAGCUGGAGGGACGAGCGCUUUGGUUUUCGGGAGCAAAGAUGGCGUGCAUUUGUUCACCUCUUCUGGAGCACCUGCUUUGGGCCUUCCUCUGCAGUGCCUGUGCAGGAAGAAGCGAGUUCGUUAUACUGAGAUGUGGCUGUGUUCUAUUGUACAGACUGAAGGUGACGGACUCUGUGGGUGAUCGUCCGAUGCUGCCAGCACUUACAGAGGGUGUGAGCGAGCCACACUUCCCUGGUUGUGUUACACCGUACUUAGGUCAGUUCACUUAGCUCAGAGGUUCCUGGAAGAGGUGCUGUGUUGGCAGGCGUGUCAACUGAAGGCCUGUUAAGUGUCACUCAUUCCAUCACCGGGUAAAGUACAAGCAUAGUUUACAUAGGCUUGUCAGAGCCAAAUAAUGCACACCGUUUUUUCAAGCUCUGUAGCCCAAGUAGCUUACCUCAUUCACCAAAUUGUGAGCGCACGCUGCUCUUGAAAAUGAAAUUUAAAUAUUUUCCCAUUAAAAUUAUACUCUCUCUGAGGAUCAUUAGAGGGGAGGCUUCAUUUAUAGUGUGGAAUGCUAACGGCUAUAUCCAGUUCUGCAGCUGUGUCUUUUUACUGUGCUUUCCCGACGACAAGGUCACCCUCCUAGUUGCACUGAAAUGAGCCCAAACAACCUACCUUAUCAGCAGUGUUGCUGUAUUUAUUAAAAUGUUUUAUUGAAGAACUUUCUACACUUAAGAACCAGGUGUCAACCCUUUGAAAGGCCAUUCAAGUCCACGUGAAGACCAGUGGGUGACUUUAAUACUGAGUCCUUGUUUAUGUUGUAGACUUGCACACCCCACCUUCUGACUCCCUCACAUGGGCACACUCAGAAAAACCCUACUUUCACCUCCCUAGAGGAGGCUGAGCUGAGCCAAUGACACUGUUUGCAUCUGCCAGAGUGACAUAAAAAGUGGAGUGAGUGCUUGCCCUAUGGCCAUGCACUAACGUUUAUAGACUCUUGGGGAAUUUCUAACACAGCUGACCGUAACUAGAAUUUACUUAGUAAUAAUAGGCUUAACACAGCUUUCAAGGGCUCCUUUUUUUCCUUUGAACUAGACAUUUGAAAUAAUUAUAAAUAGAAAUAUAUCUCAAAAUAAACAACUAUGCUUCGAAGAAAUAAAUCCUUUCUUACCUUGAUGUAAACCAGGCUUGACCUAUGACUUUUGUGUGAACACAUUUUCUGAAGAUUGGUUAGAGCUGUCUUAACUCUUGGUUGCACACUGACUCUGCGUGGACCAUUGAUUAAAUUUCAGGAGCUCGCAGCGGUAAUAUCUGAGCAGCCGAGUUUUAUUUUUAUAGUCUAUUUUGUCAAUCCCAGGCUUUACUCUAGCUCAAGCCGACUUGGACUCCUGUGUACCCAGCCAGGCUGCACUCACACUUGGCACAGUCCUCCGGUGUCAGCCCCUCCGUGCUGGGAUGACAAGCAUGCGAAGCCGUGCGAACAUCACUGCACAUUCCUGGUGGCGUUUCCCUUCGUGGCUGUGCCAUGGCUGACAGGUCAUUCCAAACCAAAGCCCUUGUAACACAUGACAUCUAUGCAACUGGCAAGAGUUUUAGUAGCCAAGUGGCCUUUUUUUUUUUAAUCCUAAUCGAUUUUAUUUUUUAUAAUUACUUAAUUUAUCAUUUUCCCUAAUAAAAGAUAUAUAUGUGUA